CGUUUUCACCUCCUGACUUUCCUCUUUUGUCUCGUCCCAAUCGGCUCUGCGCCCGGUUACUGCUUUUCCACCUCCAGAUUUCCCUCUUCUGCCACCCUCACUUCCAAUCCGCUCCGCUCACUGUCACUGUUUUCCACCUCCAUAGUUCCCCUUUUUUCACCCCGAAGUUCCCUCUUUUGCCAUCCUUCCCGGUCACUGAUUUUCCACCUCCAUAGCUCCCUCUUUUUUCCAACUCCGAAGUUCCCUCUUUUGCCACCGCUCCCCCGUCACUGCUUUUUCACCUCCAUAGUUCCCUCUUUUGCCUCCCCUUUCCACUGUUAUACAUUCCCCUACUCUUUGAAUUUCUUUACUAGAAAAGCAAAACAAAUAAAGCUAUAACUUCUAUUUCACUGCAGCGUAUGGGGGAGUUCAACAGAAUUUCCUCCUUUCCUGUUCAAAGACAAGAAGUGGCUCUCUCAAAGAAAAAAUAGCUAGUGGCUGCUGCUACGGCUGCAAAUUUUGAUGUUUAUGAGAAUUUCAACUCCAGAGAGGAUGUUUUCAUGAAGAUCAUGGAGGCACUUCUAAGUCCGGGCAUCAACAGUAUAGGAGUGUACGGGGGCCCAGGUGUGGGGAAAACUAUGCUGGUGGAACAAAUUAAAAGAACAGCCAAGGAAGGGAAGUUGUUUGAUGUUGUUGUUAUGGCUAAAGUGACAAAGAAUCUAGACUUGAAAAGAAUUCAAGAUGAAAUUGCAAGUGAUUUGGGUCUAGAGCUUCCUAAUAGAGUUACACUGCAGGGAGCUGCUGACCUAAUAAAGUCAAGGCUGACAAACAACAAGGUACUUGUCAUUUUAGAUGAUAUUUGGGAACAAAUGGAUUUGGAGAAAGUAGGAAUUCCAUCUGGAAACAAGCAGCCUAUAGAGAAAAAGAAACAAAAAAUCUCGUCAUUAGAUGAACAAACUGAGUGCAUUGUUUUGCUCACAUCUAGAGAUCCUGGUGUUUUACCACCUGACAUGCCUACUCAUAGAAAUAUUAAGGUCGACCAAUUAAAAGAAGAGGAAGCACAGGCGCUUUUUGAGAAGAUAGCAGGGAAGCAGGCUGAAAGUCAUAUUCUCCGGCCUCUUGCAAAGGAGAUUGCCAAGAAGUGUGGCGGAUUACCCAUUGCUAUUGCAACACUAGCAAAUACCUUGAAAAGUAAGAUUCCACAAAAGUGGAGGAUCACUCUACUUCGGCUCUCUCAGGAGGUAAACUUGAGCGGGAUGUCAUCAAGCUCAAGCCUUUAUUCAGCUAUCGAGUUGAGAUAUGGUGAUUUGGAAAGCAAGGAACUCCAACAAACUUUAUGGCUUUGUAGUCUGAUGGGUCACAAUGCGGGCCUUCAAGACUUGUUGAAAUAUGGGAUAGGCCUGGGAUUAUUCCCAGGAGCCAAGUCUAUGGAGGAAGGACGACAUGAAGCACUGAACUUGGUAAGUAAACUGAUCAGAGACUAUUCUUUGUUGUUGGAUGGCGGUCGCAAUGUGCAUUUUGAUAUGCAUGAUUCGAUUCGUGAGGUUGCCAUAUCAAUUGCCGCUGAGGACCACGGUGUGUUGGAUUUGAGAAAAGUUGCAGUUAAUGACAGAACUGAAAAUGGAACCCAGAAAUUCUCCACCCUGCUGGAAAAUCCGGAUCUGCCUUGCUCUGUCCGCCGGCUGCUCUUGUUGUGGGGGCGAAUUGCUUUGAUUUUCGUGGAAGAUGGGCAACCCUCUACUUGUAAGAGAUUCAAGGCUAUUUUAGCAAGUGUUGUGUGUUUUCUAGAUGCGUUUUGGGAGCUGGAUAACUUGGAUGACUUGAUUGUAAAUCUGCUUAGCCUCCAUGGGCUACGAGGUAAAGGGGUAUUCCUUCAAGUACUUGAUGCCCUAGAGUUUUGUUCCCAGAGAAAUGGUUCUUUUAUCUUGCUGCUUUGAUUUUUGUUUGCCCUUUUAUUUAGAAGACAUGAAUCUUCUAAGCAUCUUGAUCCUAGCCAUUGCUUUGUUCUGUUAAUUAAUUCUAGUACUUGAGGUGCUAGAUCUUGACAUCUUGAUUAUAUCUGCUCUUGAAUUUGUGUUCUGAUUGUCAUUAUUGAAAUCUCUUUGUGGGCCUAAUUCUUGAAUUCAAUUGCUUGUUUCAUGGUUAACUCUUGUCUCUCAAUUUUGAUUGCUUGGUCAAAUUUGAUCUUGAUUCUUGAUGAAUGCCAUUUUGUUGUUGAAUUUUUUGAGACAUUCUACCUUGUACUCUUAUGUUUUUGUAUUCUUCCAAGCAUUCAUACUUUUCACUGAUUUCAUUCUGAUGCUAUUUUGGAAACUUCACAUGUCAUUUGAUGGGUUUAGCUUUUAACUCUUGUUAAUUGCUAAAAUUUGUUUCUUGAUUCUAGUUGCUUUGUUAAACAUGAUCUUAUUGGUUAACCUUAUUUUAUGGCAGAAUUUAUAAGGCAUCCAUGCACUUGUUCAUUCAUUCAUGAUUCAUAUAUCCAUUGGAUGCCUAUCCGUCUUUGAUAGAGUUCAAAUUUUGUUGUACUCGUCUGUAAAUCCAUGCCAUUCUUUGCCAACUCGUCUUGUGAUGAGUUCGAGGCGUAACCCCAUAAUUGUUCUUUUGUGGCUUUGGCAGAAUUUAUUUUUAUUCCUUGUGCUUCCCACAUCACCCCAGCCUUUAGUAGCUUGUUUCAUGGUAAAUCCUAUUAAGUAGUUAGUGUUCUGCUUUUAUGAUUAGUUGUGGUUUGAUAUCAGAGUGGCGCAGCAGAAGCGUAAUAGGUUAUGUUUUGUUUAUAAAGAGUUAGUGGGACA